CUACCUUUCAGCGGUGGGAAGAAAGAGCUAGCUUCUUGCUGUGUCACCGAACAACACAAAAUAUCACCAUUGUCUCGGAACUACAACAGAAAAUAAGCUUUUUUUCCACCGGACAACACAAAAAAAUAUCACGGGCUCACACGGGAAAUAUCAGCAUUGUGAGUUGUUUGGUCUAUCCGAUAAUGAUGUCUUCUGUGCUGUUGCCAGUCCUGUGUAGCAUCAUCAUCACCUGCAAGGCUGCAUCCUCUGUUUCACGGCGGUGCGAGGACAUUCUGGCCACGCCUCUUCCCUACAGCUCCUUCACCAGCUCAUCAGUGUACGGCCAAAGCUACGGAGCCGGUUAUGCCAAGCUGAACCGCAACCAAGGUGCUGGAGGCUGGUCUCCAUCAGACACAGACCGUUACCAGUGGUUACAGGUGGACUUGGGUGCGAGAAAGCAGGUUGUUGCCAUAGCGACACAGGGCCGCUAUAGCAGCUCUGAUUGGACCAGCAAAUACCAACUUCUUUACAGUGACACGCAAAAAAACUGGAGGCCUUAUCUACAAGAUGGGAACAUCUGGACGUUUGAGGGUAACGUGAACAGCGAGGGCGUGGUUCGUUACCAGCUGCAGCACACCAUUCUGGCCCGCUACAUCCGCUUUGUCCCACUUCAAAAGAGCCAAGGGGGGCGCGUCGGAGUACGCGUGGAGCUUUACGGCUGCUCGUACUGGGCUGAUGUGAUCAGUUUUGACGGCCAUGGAAUCAUCCCCUACCGCUUCAGAAGUAAAAAGAUGAAGAUUGCCAAGGAUGUCAUUGCUCUCAAAUUUAGAACCACAGUUGGAGAUGGCGUGCUGCUCCACGGAGAGGGACAACAAGGAGACUACAUUUCUCUGGAGCUUCAAAGGGCUCGGCUUCAGCUGAGCAUCAACCUUGGCAGUAACCAGUAUGGCUCUAUCCAGGGUCAUACGUCUGUGACCAGUGGAAGUUUACUUGAUGACGACCACUGGCACAACGUCGUCAUACAGCGUUACCGAAGGAACGUCAACUUCACCCUGGAUCAUCAUGUUCAUAAUUUCAGGACCAAUGGAGAGUUUGGCCACCUGGACUUGGACUAUGAGAUUAGCUUUGGGGGGUUGCCUCCAUCAGCAAAGUCGAGCUCAGGGGGUGGAGAGAACUUCGUGGGCUGCAUGGAGGGGAUCACCUACAAUGGCGACAACAUAACCAACUUGGUCCGCAGAGGGAAAGUGGACACGUCCAGCUUUCGCAACCUCACAUUUUCAUGUGCCGAGUCCAACUCCUUCCCCGUCUUCUUCAAUUCCUCAUCCUUUCUGCAGUUGCCUGGUCAGACUGACAGUGACACCCUGUCUGUCAGUCUGUCUUUCAGGACGUGGAACCCAAAUGGACUGCUGCUUUUCACAGCCCUGGCCGAUGGCUGGGUGGAGGUGGGAAUGACAGAGGGCAAGAUCACGGUGUAUAUGAACGUGACGCAAAAGAAGAACACGCAUAUUGACAUAUCCUCAGGUUCCAGUCUGAAUGAUGGCCAGUGGCACAGCGUCCACCUGAAUGCUUUGGAGAACUAUGCCAUGCUGACAGUGGAUGGAGACGAGGCAUCCACAGUCAGAACAGCUAUCCCGGUCCAGAUCAUGACGGGGGGAACGUACUACUUUGGAGGUUACUUCCCACAGACGACCACACACACACCCCAGCGCCCCUUUCAGGGCUGCAUGCAGAUGAUCCACAUUGAUGACCAUCUGGCUGACCUCAGAGCUGUGGAACAAGGUCUCAUCGGAAGCUUUGAAAAUGUUAGCCUGGAUAUGUGUGCUAUCGUUGACAGGUGUGUUCCCAACCACUGUGAACAUGGCUCCCGCUGUUCUCAGACAUGGGAUGCAUUCAGCUGCAACUGUACCGGUACUGGAUACACCGGAGCGACUUGCCAUACGUCCAUGUUUCAGCAGUCGUGUGAGGACUACAAGCACCAGGGUAAGACCUCUGGGACUUACUGGAUCGACCCUGAUGGCAGCGGCCCUAUCAGGCCCUUCAAAGUUAUGUGUGACAUGACAGAGGAAAAGGUUUGGACCACAGUGAAGAACAACCUUGCUACUCAGACAUCGGUCACCACUGCUGGCAGGGAGGAGAGCGUUGUGCUGCAGAUCUCCUACAAUGUGACCCAUGAACAGUUGUUUUUGGUCACCAGCAGUGCUGAAAAGUGUGAACAAUACGUGGCCUACGCCUGCAGAAUGUCACGUCUGCUCAACACCCCAGACGGUGAAGCGUUUACUUGGUGGGUAGGACAAGCCAAUGAGAAGCAUUCUUACUGGGGAGGUUCGGGUCCAGGCAUACAGAAGUGUGCAUGUGGAAUUGAACACAACUGUACUGACCCCAAACACGACUGCAAUUGUGAUGCCGAUUCGCACGUCUGGAGAGAGGAUGCAGGAUUGCUGGUGUACAAGGACCAUUUGCCAGUCAGGCAGGUUGUGGUUGGUGAUACCAGCAGAGCUGGAUCCGAUGCCAAGCUGACAGUGGGACCACUCCGAUGCCAGGGGGACCGAAACUACUGGAAUGCUGCAUCUUUCUCCAGUCCUGCCUCCUACCUCCAUUUCUCUUCCUUUAGAGGCGAAACCAGCACUGAUGUCUCCUUCUACUUUAAGACGUCCUCCAGUCAUGGAGUCUUUCUGGAGAGCUCAGGAAGCUCUGACAUUCUUCGUAUUGAACUAAGAGGAGGCUCCAUGGUGUCUUUCUCCUUCGACGUGGGCAGUGAGAGAAUGGAGCUUGUUGUCCGCUCACCGCUGCCGCUAAAUGAUGACCAGUGGCAUCGCGUGGAGGCGGAGAAGAACGUAAAAGAAGUGGUGCUGCAGCUCGACGGACUGCACCGAGAGGUCCGCCUCACCCCUCAGCAGGGCCCCACCAAGCUGGAGUUGUACAGCAACCUGUAUGUCGGUGCCUCAGGAGGCCAGAGAGGUUUUCUGGGCUGCAUUAGAGCACUGAAGAUGAAUGGAUUCACCUUGAACCUGGAGGAGAAGGCGAGAGGAAUUCCGGGUGUGAAUCCCGGCUGCCAGGGCCACUGCCAGAGCUACGGGACGCAGUGCAAGAAUGGAGGCAAAUGUGUGGAGCAGUACAACACCUACUCCUGCGACUGCUCGCUCACGGCGUAUGAUGGACCCUUUUGUACUGAAGACGUGGGGGCCUACUUCGAGACGGGGACCUUGGUGCGGUAUGACUUCUUGCCGGAUGUGGCACCCUCGGUGGUGCAGGAGGGGAAAAGCCUUUCGGGGGUGGGUGUUCCCAUUGAAGCCAACCUGACUCACGAGGAACUCAUCUUCAGCUUCAGCACCUCCAGCGCUCCCAGCAUUCUGGUCUACAUCAGCUCCAGGACUCAGGACUACUUGGCUGUUGUGCUGAGACACAAUGGUACUCUCCAGAUCCGUUACAGACUCGGUGGUCUCCCGGAACCUUUCACCAUAAAUAUUGACCACCGCAACAUGGCUAACGGGCAACCUCACACUGUUAACUUGACACGAAACCUACGGAAGAUACGAUUACAGCUGGACCACUACCCGGCGUCCACAUACACCCUGCCUGCUGCCUCCGACUCUGAAUUCAACUUGAUUAAAAGUCUCUUCCUUGGGAAGGUCUUUGAAACGGGACAGAUAGACCCCAUCCUGAUCGAGCGCUAUAACACUCCGGGCUUUGUGGGCUGCCUGUCAAGGGUGGAGUUGAACGGCGUGGCACCGCUUAAAGCCGCCCUGCGCUCUGGCCAGGCCGCGCCCAUCAGCACCCACGGCAUCCUCGUCCCUUCCAAUUGCGGAGCCUCUCCCCUCACCAUCUCCCCGCUGGCGGAGAGCGACCCCUGGCACGUAGAGACAGCUGGAGCCGUCUUCCCCUUCAGUGAGGACACGUCCAGCAGUCAUGGCGUCAACCGCAACUCUGCCGUUAUUGGAGGAGUGGUCGCCGUGGUGAUAUUCGCCACCUUGUGCAUCAUGGUGUUUGUCAUCCGUCACAUGUUCCGCCACAAAGGAUCCUACCACACCAACGAGGCCAAGGGGGCCGAGUCGGCAGACUGCGCCGAUGCCGCCAUCAUUGUCAACGACCCCGCGUUCACCGAAAGCAUCGACGAGAGCAAGAAGGAGUGGUUCAUCUGAAACCCCCGACAACAAUGAUUGACUCACGACUGUAGGAUGUACUGUAGUAGUACUGAAUGGUACUCUACUCUUUUCUAAAACACAAAUACUGGGAGCUGGAGGACGGCUUGUUUGUAUCCAAACUUUAUGGACACGAACACAUGACGCCAUCUGGGUUUUAUUUCAAGUAUUGAUGGGGAUGAUACGUAUGCAAUAGAUGAUUCUUUUAUUUCUUUACUUAGCAUCCAUCAUAUUUUAACCAUAAGAAUCCGGGAACGUGACCUCUACAUCUUUGUGCCGAGUCACGUACAGGAAGCACUUUGGAGUGGCUGUCCCCAAGCUGAUUGGUUGCCAGGGAAGAUCAUUUUCAAGUCAUUACAAUACUUUAAUAGGCAGUCAAAUAUCACAAAUAUGAACUCUUUACUGGACGGUAUUUCUUCAAUUAAUUCAUAGAAAACAAGCAAGGAAGAAAAAUCACUUUUUGGUGCAAUUGAGUCAAUCUGUCGUAAACGUAAAGAAUACCUGAGCAUGAAGAAUGUAAGACGUAAACUCGCACAUCCUUCACGUCCCAAACAUCUUAUGUGCUGCAUCCACACCAUCCUUUCACUUCAAUUGAGCUUUCUUGCUACACGCCUUCUUCACACAAACGACACUAUUUCAUGUUAGAUCUUUUAUUUUUAUCUUUUAGUUUUGGAGAUAUUUUAUUGUCAAAUAUUCUGUUAUAUUAUAUAUAAUUAUUAUUCUGUUUUUUAAUUUUAUGUAUUUCUUUUAGACAUUUAUCUUAUAUAUUUAUGUUGGUUUAUUUUUCUGAUGUUUAUUUUGCAUAUAUUUAUAUUUAUGUAUUUUGUAAAUUUUAUUACUUUAUAUGUUCGUUUAUUUGGUAUAUUUGUGUAUUUUUACAUUUGUUUUAUGAAUGCCUUUAUUUAUGUAUUCAUCAUUUUUUAUAUUGUUUAUUUUGAUAUAUUUAUCUGUCUAAUAUAUUUGAGCCCAGUGAAUAAUUUGCCUGGUUUGAUCCAUGACUGAAGCCUGAUACGUGUGUGUCAUGCUUUUUUUGUGCCUACACAAGUUUUUUGUCAUGAAAAAACAAAAAGCACUAGUUCCAUUUGUCCUGACAGUUGUAACAAACACGCACACACGCACGUACAUUGAAUGUGUGGAUAAAAAAGUGAGUAUUUCCUGUAAGGAAGUGCACUGGAAUUUUACUUUGAAAAGGUCUGAAGGAAGCAGCUGUUUAUUUCUGUGGAUGUCGGAGAACUUUCCAUACAAACGAUGACUGAUUGCUUUUUGGCGUUUGAUUGUAUUUCGUUGUACUUCAUUGUGAUGUAACGGCAUGCUUCACAAUGCUUCGUAGUAUUACUGUACUUCAUAUGUUCGAUGCCUGACUCUUCUUUUCAUAUCUGACUUGGCAUUUAUUCUGUCUCAUGGUGA